AAACAAGCCCUAUUUUUUGCCCUACUUUUCAUUUCUUUCAAUUUCAAUUUCAUUCAUCAAUCUCUUCUUUUUCCAAAUUUAAAAAUUUGAAAACCAAUCCAACCCAAAAGCAUAUUAUGCUUAGAAAAGGAAACUCUCCCCCAAUUCCCAUCCUCCCUCUCAAUCCCAUAUAUUCUUUCCUCAUCGAUUCCACCAAAAAAUUUCACCCUCUUUAGAUUAGAUUCCUCCCACUCCUCUCCCUAACGUACCCCUUUCUUUGAGCUUAAAGAGCUAAAAUCCAACUCCAAGAUCCCUUCUCUUUAAUCCAAUUCUUUUAAUGCUCUCUCCAUUUCCAUUAACUACACCACAAUAAGCCCACAUCCAUCCCACCUCUCCCCCUCUCUCUCCCACCCCCAUUGAGGAGAUAUACUAAUAGAGAGAAAUUGAGGGAGUACACUUCAUCAAUGAUAAGGUUUAGUUUAUGUGUGGGUCACUUGCUAUAGUAUUUGUGGGUUAAAUGGAUACCUUGUUUAGAUUGGUUAGCCUUCAUCCCCAACAACACCACCAACACCAACAACAACAACAACAAUCCAGCAAUCAAUCCUCCUUCAACUCCACCAGCAGAACCUCAAGCAGCUCAAGAUCCUCCAAGCAGACCUAUUCCCAACCUGGCCAUAAUUACUACAAUAGUUACUAUCCCUACAAUAAUAUUCAUCACCAUCAUCAAGAAGAUCAAGAAGUAGAAGGAGGAGAAGAAUGCUUCAAUUUUUUCAUGGAUGAAGAUGACUUCUCCUCCUCUUCCUCCAAGCACUACUUCCCUACUAAUUACCCUCCCACCAACACUAGCACCCCGACUACGACCACCACCACAACCGCCGGCGGCCACCACUCCUACGACCCGGCCACGACCACGACUGCUGGCACCGGCGACUUCUCCAGCUUCUCUCCCGCUCGGGACCCGCUCAGCUUCGACCUCUCGGGCCACAGGUGGGCCUCCGAGAUCCUCCUCGAGACGGCACGAGCCAUCGCCGACAAGAACAGCGGCCGCGUCCAGCACCUCAUGUGGAUGCUCAAUGAGCUUGGUUCGCCCUACGGGGACAUCGACCAGAAGUUGGCGUCAUACUUCCUGCAGGCCCUUUUCAGCCGGAUGACCGACUCCGGAGAGCGGAGCCACCGGGCCCUCAUGGCCGCGUCCGACAAGACGUGCUCGUUCGAGUCAACGAGGAAGAUGGUGCUCAAGUUCCAGGAGGUGAGCCCUUGGACCACGUUUGGGCACGUCUCUUGCAAUGGCGCCAUCAUGGAAGCCCUAGAAGGCGAGCCCAAGCUUCACAUCAUUGACAUUAGCAAUACCUUUUGCACCCAGUGGCCCACCUUGCUCGAGGCCCUUGCCACCCGCACCGACGAGACCCCUCACCUCCGCCUCACCACCGUGGUGGUGGCCGCCGCUUCCAGGGCCAACGGUGGCACUGCCGGUGUGCAGAAGGUGAUGAAGGAGAUCGGGAAUCGGAUGGAGAAGUUCGCGAGGCUCAUGGGGGUGCCCUUCAAAUUCAACGUCGUGCACCAUGCGGGCGACCUUUCCGAGCUAAACCUAUCGGAGCUCGACAUAAGGGACGAUGAGGCCUUGGCAAUCAACUGUGUGGGAUCGAUGCACUCGAUAACUCCCAUGAGUAACCGCCGGGACCACGUGAUCGCGUCCUUCCGGCAGCUGAACCCAAGGAUCGUGACGGUGGUCGAGGAGGAGGCCGACCUCGACUUGGGGGUCGACGGGCCAGAGUUCGUGCGGGGGUUCGGGGAGUGCCUUAGGUGGUUUAGGGUUUACUUCGAGGCGCUGGAGGAAAGCUUCCCGAGUACGAGCAACGAGCGGCUGAUGCUUGAGAGGGCAGGCGGGAGGGCUAUCGUGGACCUUGUGGCGUGCCCGCUGGGGGUAUCGGGUGAGAGGAGGGAGCUGGCGGGGCGGUGGUCAAGGAGGCUGAGGGCGGGAGGGUUUGGGCCGAGCUCGUAUAGCGACGAGCUGUGCGACGACAUGAGGGCGCUGCUGAGGAGGUACAAGGAAGGCUGGGCAAUGGCACAGUGCCCUGACUCCGCCGGAAUGUUUCUCACCUGGAAGGACCAGCCGGUGGUGUGGGCCAGUGCAUGGAGGCCCACGGCCAACUGAUCCAUGAUUAGGGACCAAAAAGAAAAAAACAAAUGCAAAUUAAUAUGAUCAGAUUAUUAAUUAAUUAGAGAUUAGUUGUUAAUCAAAAAGGUUGAUGUUCAUGACAGGAGGGGGUUUGAAGUUUCGUUUCACACGUGUUUGCUUGAUUUAUGGCACGUGCGAGGGGGUGGUGUUGUUGGAAUUUAAAUGAACAUUAGGGUUCUUUUGGUUUUUUUUCUUUUUUUCUUUUCCUUUUCAUUUUCUCUUUUGGGUUGAGAGACAAUUGAUGUUAGAUAGCGGAAGGAAAUUUGGGUUUGAUUUGAGUGAAAAUGAAAUGAAAUGAUUCAAUUUUCGGUGCCCGGCGCUCAUUA